AUGCAACCACCCUUGUAUCGCUAUGUCCAAAGACCCAAACGCCUCAACCGAAAAACACGGAUCUGGCUCUCCCAGGCUCGUCCUGCCGGCGUAAAACCCAAGAGGUUAGACCGGAAAACCAGACAGAAACUAAAACUCGUCCCUUCCUUUCCCAGUACAAAAAAAACCGUUCCCCUCCAUCCCCGAACCCGAAUCAACCUUUGCAUUGCCCAGAAAAGAGACCAACAUUUCUUGUCCAACAUAUUCCAAACCCACAUAAGCUUUGGCUCCCCCUUCCGUUCUCCCUUGCCCAGCUCAUUACAGGGCGUCGCCGUGUAUCCCAAGUACAGGACUUUACUUCGUCUCUUGCGUUCCUUUUGGGACCCCCUCGCCGCCAAAAUACUCUCCGACUAUGCUCGUUCCUACGCCCGAAAGUUUCGCAUCAAACAUCCAGUCGCUACCCCUGAACAGCAGGCCGAAAUAUCAAAACAAAUCAAGGAAUGGAUAGCCUUAGUCGAACGUGCAAACAAGGGUGAUCAGCGAUGCAUUUUUGCUCUCUUAGCCAAAGUGUACUCCCAAGACGGUCCCCUUCGUCAACGUCGUCUCCAGUACCUGCAAAGCGCCGGCCCUCCUCUUCCUCCUCAAAACCAUUUUCCCUCCCAUAUCGACCCGUUCAAGCUUCCCUAUAUUUCUCCCCUCUUGCAAAUCGUCUUUCAGCAAAAUAAAAAUCACGAUGUUAUCACCAAAACCCCCGCCGAACACUUUCAAGACCAUUUUAAACAAUAUCCAUACCAAUCAAAGACCGCCAUCAACGCUUGUCACAAGUCCUACAACCACGUCUUGCAUCGUAUCGCCCUUCCCCUCCUCCCUCACGAGCACGCCCAUUUGCAUCAAUUAAUGUUUGAUGCUUGGACGCGCAAUCCCUCGGUUUUUUCCAACUACUUUGUCGCCAAUUUCUGGGAAGAACGAAAACGAGUCGUUUAUAGAAGAAUCCAGAGAUGUAUCCUCCACUUUUUAGCAUCCGUAUGCUAUCUUCCCUACGAACCAAAGCCUGUCGGCGAGCCAAUGGUCCUUUGGGAAAGCUUGGAUGACAUUAAACUAAAAUUCAAAGUGAAACAAUUGUUGCCCAGGGACCGCGAUCCUCCUCCGUCUUCCUCGAUCAACUCCUCGCUCGAUCGGUGA